UCCCCUUGUGGAUAAAGCGAUAUAACGGAACACUGGAAAACAGCUCCUAAAUUCCUUUUGAAAGCAUCUUUUUUCCGCUUAGAAGAAUAUUACCUUUUAGUUUUUCUAAAUUAAGAAAAUAGUUCCACUGAAAUUAUUAAUUAAGCAUCUUAAGACAGUGUUUUCUGGCAGACAGAAAAAAGAUAUAGCUCAGGAAAGAAAGUGGAAAAACUCGCCGCUUGUUCAUAUUCUUUGGAACGCGUAAAGACGCACAGCGGAGCUCCAUGGCGCACAUUUGCAGGCAGCUGAUUGGCAUCGGGGGGAGCUGCGCAGGCUGGGUCGGGCUCAUCUUCGCCACCGCGACCAAUGACUGGGUCCGCACGUGCGACUACUCGGUGGCCACCUGCCUGCGCAUGGACGAGCUGGGCUCCCGCGGCCUGUGGGCUGAGUGCGUGGUCUCCCCGUCUCUCUACCAGUGCGUGUCUCUGGACCAGAUGUUCUCCCUGUCAGCGUAUGUACAGGUGUCUCGAGCUUUGAUGAUCUCCGUAUGUCUUCUGGGACUUCCUGCACUUCUGCUGGUCCUCCUGUCCACGCCGUGCAUUCGGCUUCCCACCAACGCCUCUACCACUGUCAAGAAGCGCAACACUCGAGUGGGUGGCAUCCUCUUCAUCAUCAUGGCUGUGUUUGGCGCCGUUGCAACCAUCUGGUUCCCUAUAGGAGCAAACAAAACUGAGCACCUCAUGUCCUUCGGCUACUCUCUGUACGUUGGCUGGGCUGGAGCCGGCCUCUGUCUGCUGAGCGGGAUUAUCAUCCUGUGUUUCCUGGUUGCCCUCAUUGACGAUGAGUCCAGGGAGAAGAGCUUCUUCUACUCCAGGAGGGGCGGAACGGCCCGGGAGGUAGAUCGUCCCUCCAACCAUGCCAAGAGUGAACGGGUGUGAGCAACACGUCCACUCUUCUCAAUCCAGUCUGGUUUCUUUUCGACCUUUUAUCGAAUAUCCUGAUUUAUUUUCUCUGAUGUGUGAUUUUUUUUUGUAUACAUAUAAUCAGUUGUAGACAGCGGAUGGUGAUGCUCACAGGCUUAAAAAAAAAUGUAAUAAAAGUGUGUAAAAGAAAUACAAAUGUAAUUCUAGCUUAUUGUAAUAACUGAAACAACUAAGAGGCUUUCUGAUGGUAAAAAUAUUUUAUUCUAUUUUUUACCAUGUACAGAUUAAUUAUCCACAAAAGCUACAAAAAGUGUUAUAUCAAGUAAGCUAUUUUUGACCCGCCUAAUGUUUGUUUAACAACACACUUAACAGCAUUUAGUGUUUCACAGGAAGGAAAGUUUAAUGUUGAGAUUAAUAAUUUUUUUUCCUGUCUGGCAUCAGGUCAACAUAUAUAAACAAAACCUGUAAAGUUAGAAGAAUUAGAUAAAAUCAGCAGAAUAAUUAUCUUUCUUUGAUUUAUUUAACCAGUGAUACAUCAUUAACCUUUCAUUUAGAUUUUUAAUGGCUUUUCUCUUUUCAGUCUCUAUCAUAGAAUAUAUAACCAUAGUGAUCUUUUAAUAUUGUAUUUCUGCUCAGACAGAUUCUGUUCUUUUUUUUGCAUCUUAUAUUCUUGAAGUUAUUUGGCAAUAAAUGUUUAAUCUCAGUGUGAUUUUUCUCUAAUCAGACUUUUAAAUUUUUUUUUUUACGUAACACUGGUCUUAAUUUCCCCAUGAACUAAGUUAUAAACUUGCUAUUAGAAGGGAGUUUAAUCUCUGUGGUGAUUCUCCAACUGCAGUGAAAUUUGCUCAUGAAAUUUUUCUGAAAUAUUUUGAUUAGUUCUACUUUAUCAGAAUGUGCAGAAAAAAUUAUUUCAUAGUGUUUGUAUUAAAAUACCAUAAAUAUUGUAUUAUAUAUAGAUGUGGAAAUGACAAUGUUUAGCAUUGCUUUUAAAAUCUCAUUAGCAUAAUAAUCUGUUUUAAAGUUAGCAUAAAAAUAUGCCCAAAAACAAAGCAUAAAUGAUAUUUCUCUCUUUGUGCAUUCAAAUGAAAUAUGUGUUUGUAAAUGACAACCAA